AUGGUAUCAAGAGCUUUAUUUAUCAUCCAAUCUACAGUGGAUGAUGAUAUAUUUCCUCGAAUUUCAACAGCUAAGAUGGCAAAGGAAGCUUGGGAAAUUUUAAAAAUGGAGUAUAGAGGUGAUAGUAAGGUAAUUUCUGUCAAGUUGCAAAACCUCCAUGGUAAUUUUGAAUCACUUAAAAUGAAAGAAAAAGAGUAUGUGCAUGAUUAUUUGUCUAAAGUGUCAAGUAUAGUUAAUCAAAUGAGGUCAUUUGGUGAAAAUAUUAGUGACUCAACAGUGGUGCGAAAAGUUUUAAGGAGUCUUACAAAAAAUUACAAUCAUGUUGUUGCUGCAAUUGAGGAGUCAAAAAAUAUGUCCUCUUAUAGUUUUAAUGAGUUAAUGGGUUCCCUUUUAGCCCAUGAAGAUAGAAUUUUAAGGUCGGAUGAAAAUGUCGAGGAAAAAGCCUUCCAAGUUAAGGGGGAAAUGUCAAAUGAAUGGCAUUAUGAAGAUGGUCGUGGUCGUGGUCGUGGUAUGGGUAGUCGAGGUCGAGGUCGCGAAGAAAGUGGAGGACAUGGUCAAUACGUAGGACAACGUCAAUCUAUGAGUAGCAUCCAAUGUUACUACUGCAAAAGGUAUGGGCACAAAGAAGAUAGGUGUUGGGAUAAGCAAAGGGAUGAGCAAGAUGGACAAACCAAUUUUGCUCAAAAGGUUGAAGAAGAAGAGACGCUCUUCUAA